UGACAACCGGUGGUGUUUGGGCAACACACCUGUUCUACAGCCCACUUUACAGAGAAACCUUAAUAACGCGAUUUACACCGCAUCGACAAGAAAGAUAAGUAGGCUUUAUUAUAUUCAACAUUUCCGUAGGUCAGGGUGCGAUGCAAUUAAAGAUUAUUAGAUAAAUGUGUGUCAUGCGAAAUGAAAUACGGGAGAGCGACAUAUUUGGUAUCGGAUAAUAUCUUAAACAAACUGAUGUGAAUAUUUUUUUGCACAAUGUCAAAAAACGGCCCGUUCGUUGAUAGACAUUAACAGGUGUACAAUGGAAAUUGACCUUAGACUAGAAUCAAGCUUAUGGGUCGGGAAAAAAAGGUAUAAAGCUGUUCUGACAGGAUGGCAUUUCCAAUGGACCGAAGUUGACAAGAACAAUCGUGAAAAGAAAACGACUUCGGUGCCUGUGUCCGAGUUAAUUGGAUUAGAGAAGGGCCAAGUCGAGAUACUGCCUCGCAAAUCAGUUGAAGACACCGACAAGGACUUUACAGUUUUCUACGUGAAGCGCAGCAGCAGUGGUGGCUCUUAUGGGUUACUAUGGCAAUUUGGACGGAUCCAGUUCAGCUGCGCAAGUCGGGCCCUCAGGGACCAGUGGACCAGCCACCUUAGAGCAGCCCUUAAAACUCACAGCCCCUCACGGCCCCACAGGUUGUUGGUUUUCAUUAACCCGUAUGGAGGUAAGAAGAAAGGAAGAAACAUCUACCACUCUCUGGUCGCCCCUCUCUUUGAGCUGGCUGGCAUCACCUCUCAUGUAAUCGUGACUGAGCGGGCUAACCAGGCGAGGGACCACCUUUUGAAGAAAGACCUGUCAGGCUUCGAUGGUGUGGUGUGUGUGGGUGGAGAUGGAAUGUUCAGCGAAAUAAUGCACGGCAUGAUUGGCCGAACCCAACAGGAGGCGGGCCUCUCUGAAAAUGAUCUCAAUGUGACGCUACAGCCCUGUCACCUACAUAUUGGCAUCAUCCCUGCUGGUUCGACAGACUGUGUCUGUUUCGCCACCGUCGGGGUGAAUGAUCCUGUUACUUCUGCUUUGCAUAUUAUCAUCGGAGAUUCUCAGCCUCUGGAUGUGUGUUCGGCCCACCACCCAACGGAGCCGGUGCGUUACUCUGUGUCUCUGUUGGGGUACGGUUUCUAUGGGGACGUCCUGGCAGAGAGCGAGAGGCAUCGCUGGAUGGGCCCCCUCAGAUAUGACUUCUCAGGUGCCAUGGUUUACCUGAGCAGUCGCAGCUAUGCAGGCGUAGUUCAUUAUCUACCAGCCGACCCCCUGCUUUCAAGCCCCCGGGACAACACACGCUGCCUCUCAGGGUGCAGUGUGUGCUCCAAAAGCACGGAAAGACUGUUCCCCCACUCUACAGUCUCGGAGUCGGUGCACAGUUUCCAGUGCAGCCAAUACAGAAGUGACCGUAGUGAAGCUGGGUGGGUCAGCGUGGCGGGCCGGUUCAGGUGUGUGUCCUUCACCUGCAUGUCCAGCUCCUGUCCCAGGAGCCCUCUGGGCCUGUCCCCCUCCGCCCACCUGGCCGACGGGACCGGGGACCUCAUCCUGGUGCGGGAGAGCCACCCGCUGGGCUUCCUCAAGUUCCUCCACAGGCACACCAGCAGCGAGGACCAGUUUGACCUGCCCUUUGUGGAGGUGCACCGCGUAAAGGCGUUUCGUUUCUCUCUCCCUCCCGGGGAAGAAGACAGUUUGGAGGACAUGGAGAGUGAGGCGGCAAGGGAGCGAGAGAACCAAGAGAGUCCACAGUGCGGGAUGGACAGUGAGAGCAGGACCGGGUCCGAGCAGCAGCUCACCGAUAGGGCGAAGGUUGGGUACAAGCCGAGGGGCGAUUGGAGCCGCGAGAAGUCCCUCUUCUGUGGCCCUUGCUGCACCGAGGCCCCCGCUGUCUCCGUGUGGAACUGUGACGGGGAAAUCCUGCCUUUCUCGGAGAUCCAGGGCAGGGUUCACGGUCAGUUGGUCCAUCUAUAUGCAAGAGGCAUCGAGGACAAGGCUGCCUGUGUGGGCUGAAGAGAGAGAGAGAAGAAAGAGAGAAAUGGAGUUAUGUUAUGUUCUCACAGAUAAUGGAUUUUUAAGUUACCAAAGUGCAACCACAAUAUAAGCUGAUGAAAAGAUGAAGGUUGUGUUUGUAAUAUAAAGAGGAACAGGAUUGAAGUUAUUAAAACGACGAUUUCAGGGCAAGGCAGUCUGCUUCGAUCAAGGAACUCCUCAUAUCUCACUCACACUUCAAUGAUUUCUAUUUUGUUGCAAUAUUCUGUAAGAUAAUUUAUUCAUAUUGCAUUUUGCUUGAUAUAUUAUGGGGCUCCAUGGCUCUAAAUAAAACACUUCAAUAUGCUUUAUACAUUAAAUGUCACCAAAGACAUUUAAGUGUAAUUAUACCUCAAACUCUCUUACUAUAGUUCAUUUUUUUAAAUAUUAUUUUCAACCAGGACUAAUGCAUAAGGAAGGAGCAAAGUAAUAUUUGCAGAACCAACCAUGAAAGCCUUCAUUUGUCCUUUGUGAUGUUUUCCCUGUUAACUGUAAACAGUAGUCUGCCGAUAAACCACCAAUCACAGCUUCUACAACAGCAAACAGCACAAACCGAAGUAGAGCCUGCAGGUGCUCUGUGCAGUAGGGAGUAAAAGGCAACAGGGAGAACUUUGCAGUCAAAAACGGAUCAAAUAACGCACACUGAAUAAACCUUUAUUCUUUUUAUUUACAAUUUAAAAUUAUACCACUUUAAAAAUCAGGGAUUAUCAGUCAGCAGUGAAUCUCAUUUCCACAUACGUUUUUUUUUUUAAAUGCCUGGAUCAGGAAAGCGGGGAGUGCAAUUUUUCUUUCUACAGUGAAAACAAAUAAAUCACACAACAGUACCAGCAGUGAAUGACUGUCGGAGGAAGUGGCCGUGGUUAUAGACAUGCGCUGUGGGGCUUCACCCACUUGUAGGUUCCCCCGUAGCGGAACCCCACACUCUGCACCAGGGAGUCCGCCUCCGCCGGGCCGCGGCUGCCGUGACAACCAGGAGAGGAGGAGAGAGAGGGGGGGGGGGUGGAGGUGAUCAGUAAUUACAAUCCAAUCAAUACAGUUUGUUUCCCUGUUAGCACAUUUUUGUAGAUGCACAGAGACUAAAGACAAUUUACCUGGGCAGCAUGCGGGUUAAAGCUUUCAAACUUUGCACACUAGCAGCCUCUCAUGGCUGAAUGGCUUUCUGCCGCGAAGGCGGCAUCAAUUUAAUUUAUUUUACUUCUAAAACAAAACACCAAAUUUGUUCUAAAUUUUACUGAGUUGGGGUGUCACAUCCUGUCAUUGUAAUUUCCUGCCAUUUGUCGGCAUUUGAUGAGGGGGCAUGGUUCCCUUGGUCGAAUGAGUCAGGGGUGCCCUCCCCCUGACUAGCUAACUCAUUGGUACAUUCUAAUUCAUAAUCCUGGAAUCAUUGUAACGCAUAUGAGCUGGACAGAGGGGGUUGAGGUUUAGUUGGGUUAUUCGUUAUUGUAUUAUACUGUAAAGUGUUACUGAUUCUACAUUAUGAAAUGUCUAUUAAACAAAUGUGCAAUAAACAUAUGAACAUAAUAUAUGAA